UCUGGAUAUUGAGGAGGACGCAAAAGAUUCAGAGCAAAGAAGACGACAGACUGCUCAACACGAUCCCCAAACUCAGUCCCUUCCCAGGACUGCUCUCCCCUGCAUGGGCUCCCAGUUUGGGGACCAACCUGGCCAACCUUGGUGGAUAUGGCUAGCAAGAACCCAAUCCCCUCUUUUAGGGGAGGGGCUACUGGUAAUCCUCCCCAUUUUUGGAGUUUCUCAGAGUAAUUGGAUUUUGAGGCUGGGAUCUGCCCACAGCGGGAUUUAUCGAUUGCUGCAGCGCUGUUACACAUCCAUAUUAAUUAACCCAGACAGGCCUGGAAACCAAGCUGUUUGAGAAGGGGGAGGAGAGGGGAGAAAUGGGGGCCCCUUAAGGAGAAUGGACAUUUCUCCCUAAGUGCCCCUGAGGCCCAGACUGGAGAGUCGUUCCCCACCAGAAUCCUGUGGUCUUCCCCAAGCUUGAAGUCUCUGGAGUUCACAGCAAGGCAAAUCUCCGCAGACCGGCUGUUGGGGGAAAAAAGUGUUAGCCGUCUCUCCCGGAUCUGCGAGGGGGAAAAAAUUUGGAACCAUAAAGUUGAAAACUUUUUUCUCUCAGUUUGGAAGAAGCCGUUCGUCAUGAAUGGGAUCUGCGGAGCUCAGGCGAGAGGAGGCGAGAGGCGCAAAGGAGGGGAGAUUUCUCGCCUGCCGCUCGCGCUGGGGCUCGAUGUGAAUAUAUAUUAUGUCUGCCUGUUCUCCCCUCGUCGGUGGCUAAGGUAAGCUGGACUGAAAUAGGCUAUCAGUUUGUGAAUGGCGGAGAGUAUGUCUCAAUGAUUUAUGGCCCAUAUGACUCCAAUCUCGGUUCAAGAAGAGUUCACAAGCUUUAAGCUUCCUUCCACGCAGCGACUCUCUCUCUCUCUCCCCCUCUCUCUCUCCCUCUCUCCCUCCCUCCCUCUCUCUCUUUCUCUCUCUCUCCCCUCUCUUCUUGCUUCUCUCCUUUUCUCCUCUUUUCUUUCAGCAGCCAGAUCCAGGGCUGAAUUUUCCCCCGGCUUCUAAGAAGAGACUAACCUUUCUCUCUCUUCCUUUCUUGUUCUUUUAUUUUUCUUCAUUUCAUUAAUUUAAGUCCUGGAAGGUGGCCUAUCCCCUUUCCCGGGGCUUCCCCAGCUAUUGUUACCCUCCCUUCUUUCCCCGGGGUGUACCUGGAAAGGUGGAGUUCUUGGGGGCUCACCUCCCUUCUCCAGCGAGACCCUUGGGGGAAGCUGGGAGCCACGGUCUCCCUCCCGCCCUCCCUCCCGAGGAGCCAUAUGGAGCCUGAAUUUUUCCAACAUGGAGGCAAGGGAAAUAGAUAUGUUUGGCUUGGUAGAGCUGUUCCCCACCCCCUCUUGUCCUGGAUCCCAGAUCUCGGAUCCCCUCGGCACCUUUCCCUCUUCCCACUGUCCCGUCAGCCAGGCCUCGGCGCCCUCCAGCCCAGAGCCCUGCUGAGCAAAGUCCCGAAGCGGAGUUGCUAAGGCGCCUUUUAAUUCGGUUACCUCCAGCGCCCAAACUUGCUGCUGCCCGGGGGGCUCGGCCCUCGCUGGGCCCGGUGUGCUUGGAACCUGCCGCUGAUAACUGUUUUGGUGUCCUGAUCGCUUUCUCUUCGCCUCUUUGGGCCAGCGUAGUAGGCUGGUAGCUCAUCGCCAGCCACCGCGGCAGCGGCGGCCGCCGAGACAGCCCGGCGGCGGCAGCCUGGGACUACCCGGGUGCACAAACCUUCCCGGCCCUGUCUCACCGCCGGCGGAGUCUCCAUUCUUUCCUCUUGAGUCUCUGGCUCCUUCGCUUCCCACGCUCGCCUGGCCUCGGUCCUGCGAUGGUUUGGGGUUUAUUGCAGGGGGAGCGACAGGAAUUUCGGCCCCAGGCGUCUAGUCAAAUUAUUGUUUUAUUAUUAUUACUAUCAUCACCAUCAUCAUCAUCAUUAUUAUUGCUGUAACAAUCAUUUAGACUAAAUAAAGCUAGGGCCCAGUCAGCCAACCCCUGCCAACGUUUUUAUUUCAUUCUCUUCUCUAUCUAUGAAUAACAAACUCAACUGAUGCCUGUUAAUUAAUUCCCCCUUCGGCCAGGGCUGCUUCGAAGCUAAUUUUGGUUAAAUCAUCAGAGGCUAAUGGUAAUAAUAAUAAAGGGAUUGGGUCAGCCUGGUCAAUUGAACUCCGGUUCUCCCUGGAAGGACCUGCUGCUUUGCAGACCCAUGUGUAUUUCCAGAAACCAAUCGGAACUCAGGGCUACACUGGCUCCCUUUUGAGUAUAAAUCUGUGCCAUUAAGAGGGGGAUUUAUGUGUGGGAGGGACUUCCUUCACCUGCACUCCCUUUAUUUUCCUAUUUUUAGUUUUCUUUGGAGUUGACCAGCUGGGCUGAAUGAGAUUUAAGUUUUCCAAACACACGUCAGAAGAGAGAGUCAGCAUGGAGGUUUUAUGAAAAGUGGUGGUGAGGGCUUGGGAAAGACAGGGGAAAAAAUGCAGUCAGAAGUUUUAGAACAAACAAAAUCGUAUGAUAGCUUGAUUCUUUAUUUUUCUGGCACACUUUUAAAAGGCUGUAUUAAAAUAGUGAUUGUAUUUUAUUUUUUAUUUUUUGCCUCGGGGAACUUCAGUCAACAAGGGUACCCCCUCUGUUUCCAACCCAGAGAAUAAUAUUGUUCAAAUUGCUUUGUUGGCUUUUUUUCUCCCCUCAGGAAUAAUUUUCUCUUUUAGAAAGUGUUUUUCCUAUUUUGGCAGAAAAGUCCAGCAGUUAUGCGAUUUUUUCUUCUUUUCUUUUGGAGAAAUCAAAAGACUGUCAAGGAAAGGGUGGGAAAAAAAUUAUCUGAUGGAAAAGGAAGAGAAGUGAGGAGACAGACCUAGGCCAAAUGGUCACAGCACCAACUGGCCUGGUCUGGAAAAUAGCAACAAUCCUGCUCCUUUUGGGGGCCCCAUGGAGGCCCUGGAUGCUGGGUCCCAGGCUUGGCUGGGCAAAGACUCCGACUGGAGGUGGUGGUACCUGCAGCAGGGACAUGGUCGAAUGAGCCUGGGUUCAGCUGACUCUGGAGGUUAAAAAUCUUCAGGAAGUUUGUAGGUCAGGCUGUUGCUGUCCUUUGAGGGGAGAGGAUACCUGACAGGAGAAGAUUCCCUGCUGAACUUGUUUCUCCCAUCUUUUUCUGAGAUCCUCUGGUUUUCCUCCAGGCUAGCCUUUGCUUGGAUGAGAGACCUAAACACACAUGGAGGGAGGCAAAGGCAGGAGGCAGAGAAGCCUCUCAGCUCAAAAGCAUAGAUGACGCUUUUAUUUUGGCGUCUCCUAGUGCCUCCUCCCUUGAGCCACUCUAUCCCAAAGUUGAGGGGGGAGGUAAGGAGAGGGAGUUGGCGAGGGCAGGGGCUAGUGCACAGACAGGAGAGAAGCAAUGGCCCUUGCAGUAGUAGGAUUCUAUAACUAGGCAGUCCCCAAAGCAGUACAGUCCUUAUUUUUUAAGUGGCAAUGAAAACUGGUGGGCUUUUUUCUUGAAAAUUAAAGCAUUGAAAUAAGAAAAAUCCAUUUCAUGUCAGGGACCUGGCCUCAGCAUCUGCUCUGGAGAUGCUGGGUAGGAGAGAAGAAAAAAAAAAAAAAACCCUAUUGAUGUCAGUUCCCUUUUCAGUUCCUAAGAUGGAUUCGAGCCGAGCCCCAGUCCUCUUCUCCCCCUUGUGUCUCUUCUCUCGCCCCGCAGGUCAGCCGCUUGGAACGUACCCGGGAGGAGGGGGGCAGAGAGGGGAGGGAGGGGGGGGUCCGGCUUGUCACGUGACCCCCAGGGGUGCCAAUGUCCGAUCCUGAGGUUAUCAGGCCCUUGCAAGUUGCCACCCACUGCCCGGGCCUCGCCCAGCGAUGCAGAAAGCCACCUACUACGACAACGCCGCGGCUGCGCUCUUCGGAGGCUACUCCUCGUACCCUGGCAGCAAUGGCUUCGGCUACGACGGCCCCCCCCAACCCCCCUUUCAGGCCGCCACGCACCUGGAGGGCGACUACCAGCGCUCAGCAUGCUCGCUGCAGUCCCUGGGCAACGCCGCCCCUCAUGCCAAGAGCAAGGAGCUCAACGGCAGCUGCAUGAGGCCCGGCCUGGCCCCGGAGCCCCUGCCCGCCCCGCCCGGCUCACCCCCGCCCAGCGCCGCACCUACCAGUACCACUAGCAACAGCAAUAAUGGGGGCGGGCCCGGCAAAAGCGGUCCCCCCAAGUGCGGUCCCGGCUCCACCUCCACCCUCACCAAACAGAUAUUCCCCUGGAUGAAAGAGUCGAGGCAAACGUCCAAGCUGAAAAACAGCUCCCCCGGCACAGAGGGCUGCGGCGGCGGCGGCGGCGGCGGAGGCGGCGGCGGCAGUGGGGGCGGCGGCGGGGGCAGCAGCGGCGGCGGGGGAGGGGACAAGAGCCCCCCGGGGUCAGCGGCGUCCAAGCGGGCGCGGACGGCGUACACGAGCGCGCAGCUGGUGGAGCUGGAGAAGGAGUUCCACUUCAACCGCUACCUGUGCCGGCCUCGCCGAGUGGAGAUGGCCAACCUGCUGAACCUCAGCGAGCGGCAGAUCAAGAUCUGGUUCCAGAACCGGCGCAUGAAAUACAAGAAGGACCAGAAGGCCAAGGGGCUGGCCUCGUCGUCUGGGGGCCCCUCUCCAGCCGGCAGCCCCCCACAACCCAUGCAGUCCACGGCCGGCUUCAUGAACGCCUUACAUUCCAUGACGCCUAGCUACGAGAGCCCGUCCCCGCCCACCUUCGGCAAAGCCCACCAGAAUGCCUACGCUCUGCCCUCCAACUAUCAGCCCCCUCUCAAGGGCUGCGGCGCCCCCCAGAAGUACCCCCCGACCCCGGCGCCGGAUUAUGAGCCCCACGUCCUCCAAGCCAACGGGGGCGCCUACGGGACGCCCACCAUGCAGGGCAGCCCCGUGUACGUUGGCGGGGGCGGCUACGCGGAUCCGCUGCCGCCCCCUGCCGGCCCCUCCCUCUAUGGCCUCAACCACCUUUCCCACCAUCCUUCGGGGAACCUGGACUACAAUGGGGCGCCCCCUAUGGCACCCAGCCAGCACCACGGACCCUGCGACCCCCACCCCACCUACACAGACCUCUCCUCUCACCACGCGCCUCCUCCUCAGGGUAGAAUCCAAGAAGCGCCCAAAUUAACACACCUGUGAUGGGAAAGGGAGGGUGGAGGAACGAGGUCAAGGGCGGGGGGGGGGGGCGUGAGGAAGAAGAGCAGAGCUGUGGAGCUCUGGGGGCAGCCUGGAGAUCUGAAAGAGAGGCCAGAGAGGUGGUAGCCAGGCUUCCUGGGCAGAGCAGGCCUGGAGCUCCUUCCCCUCCCCCUCCCCCUGGCCUGAGAGGUUGCUUUUAAAUCCUCCACCCCUAGUUCCAUCUGCCUGCCAACCCAUCAGAAAGGAAUCCACAGCAGAUUGGAGAUGACCCCAUCAACCCCAGGGCUCCAGCACUACCAAGUUGGAAUUCCACGCAUGGGAGUGGGAUAGAGGAAGACGAAGUAGAAAAACAAGGCAGAGAAGCACAUUUUACAAAACAGACAAGAUGGCUAGGCCAUCACCAACUAACCAACCAACUUACCUUCCAUCUCUGCGGGUAAUUUCCCCAAAUCUUAAUUUUUUUCCUCUCAAUUCUCCUUUAAAAAAUAAGAAAACACAUUUCAAAUCUAAGGGCACAAAGCACGUUCCCCUCCCACUUCCCUGAAACCUCAAAUUUCCUCCCCUCUAUUUGAAGUUUAUUGGGGUCCCUUCUCCAUUUCUAGCCCCAUGUUUUUCUGCUCUAGGACAUUCAUAUCUAUACUGCACCCCCAUCAAUUACAGUUGUUAGAGGGCUCAGGGAUGGCGAGAGAUCCUGAAAGUCAGAGCUGCCUAUAUCAUAAAAAUAUAUAUAUAUAUUUUUUCUUUUAAGGAAAAGUUAGGAGGCUCGGGCAGGCAAGUUGUCAGGACUGAAGGUUUGCCCAUUCUGCUGCCUCUGUCUCAGCUCCAGGUCCAUCCCCCUCUCUCCACGGAAAGCAGUCAGAGACACGAGGUUCUACACUUUUCUUUUCUUCUGUUGCUCUUUUGACUUAACGUGAAAACAGGGUAUAUUUGAACAAACUGUCUGUCCCAGGCAGGAGCUGCAGCUGGGCUUAUGUGCCUUGCUCAACCUCCUGACAGGACACUUUUGUUGCACUUAGAGUUUACAUUUUAAUGGAUAUAAAAACAACUGUGAGAGAUGCCUGGGCCUGCAGAAGUCCAGCAUCGCUCAAAAAGCGUGUGUUCUAGUGAACAUUUUCAUAUAUAUUUAUUGGUUAUAGCCUGUUAAAAUAUUUUCUUUUUGUAUUAUUUAUCCCCCUACAUUAUGUAUUUAUAUGAGGGAAAAAAGGAAAAAAUUGUACUUUUUUAGUAUUUACUUGUUAUAAAGGACAUUGUGUUUUCUGUCAUGUAAAACCAGCUAUUUUAGUUAUUAUUGUACUCUAGAAAAGAGCUGUAAUUUAUGUUAAACUCGUACUUAUGAGCAAUUGUAAUUAGUUCUAAAAGGCAUGAACUCAGCUCCUAAUCGUCACUGUAUAGUCCUGAAUUUGUAGAAUUAGAGUUAAUUCCCUCUUGGAACUUUCUUUGUUCUUCUGUAGUUACUUUUUUCCUUACCCAAAAGGGUUGUCUGUCAAACAGUUCUUGAAUAAACUUUCUGUUAUCAAUUUUA